CUUCAUUAAUAAUUUAUGUAAUUGAAUGUUUAACUUGUGAGACAAUCUUUUACUAUAAAAGGUGUUGAAUAAAUCAAAUUCAAGUAGUUCUACAUCGUCUUUAACAUUUAAAACACACAAAUACAUAAAAAUGUUGAGUUUUAGUUUAUUAUUUUGUGUUGCUCUGGCUAUAAGUAACGCUAAGCCUGUUUCAGAUGACUUACAAAAGAUGCAAGAGAGUCACGAGGCAUGCUUGAAGGAAAUAGGGAUAGAAAAAGUUGAUUUGCAUAAAGUUUUAGAAUCAAAAAUACCCGAAGAGGUCCUCGAAAAGUAUUCCUUCUGCUACGGUAAAAAAUUUGGUUACAUCGGAGGAGAUAAUAAAAUUGACUUAAUUGUGGCCAAAGACCAAUUCGAAAAAAUCAUACCUGGUACAACAGAACAAUUCAUGAAGGCGUGCAUCCCCGAAGGAGAAGUAACUGAAAAAAAGGCGUUGGAAAUACAAAGAUGUAUAGUUAAUAAAACUAAAGAGCUUUCAAAACAAUAAAAUUUUACAUGUCGAUCAAUUUUAUAUCUGCGAAAUAGUUUUUGAAUUAGUUAAGUUAUUAAUUAUUAAUUAUGUUAAUUGUACAAGUUUUUUCCAAUUAAUUAGAAAAGUUAAUUAGGUACACUAGAUUCAACGUACCUAAAUUACGUUUAACCGAUGAACUUUCAAACCACAGAAAAGUCCAAACCUGAUUUAGAAGUUCGAAGUCCUGCUAGUAGUCUAUAAUUUAUGAAGGAUUUUGUUUUUAUUUUAUUCAUUUGUGAAUCUGUGGAUGAAGACAUUGAUCAGAUAUUAGAGGAAGAUGUUAAAUCAUUUCUUGCAUUAACUAUUAACUAUUUGAUAUAUUAAAUUAAUAUGUAUUGAUUCUAAAAAUCCAGUUAAUAAAUAUUGUGCUCAGAACCUCAUAAAA